AUGUCGCCUUUUUAUCUUGUUCUGAAGAUAACUAUUCUCUGUGCAAUUGGGGCAAUGGCCCUUUCAGCCCAAGAUGCAAUCCACGCAGACGACCUUGAACGCUAUGAAGAGUUCAUGAAUACAGUGUCUAGUAGUCAAUUCCUCGGCAUGUAUAUGGAAAGUGCAGCUGUCAAGAUUGACAUCUACGAGUACCCAUCAAACGAACGUGUUCAGUCUGCACACUUUAAGCCAAGCCCAAAGGCUGAUCGAUACUUCCAACAAGAGAAAGAACAUGCGGAUGCGCUUGGAGCAUGGGCUGCCUGUGGCAGAAGUUAUGUCGCUGAGUUGAAUUGA